AUGGAGACGGGCGGGUGCCGGAUGAGCGGCGCGGAGCCGGGCGGCCCGGCCGUGAUCACGCUGGAGGAGCUGGACGGCAUGGCGGAGGAGAGCCCCGACUCGGCGUACCACAGCAACGGCAGCAGCCUGGAGGAGGAGGCGGCCGAGCGGAUGGAGGACGAGGAGCAGGAGCGGCUGCUCAGCUACUGGCAGAGCGUGGGCAGGGGGCACCAGGUGGACGUGCCCCGCGACAUGGCAGAGCCAAUUCAGCAGCUGACUAGAAAUAACAGUCCCCAGGAGAGACAGACCAUCCCGUUUACUCUGAUCCAGCGCAAAGAAAAGCUUGGAGACCUGCUUUAUGAAAAACGUCAGUAUGGAAAAGCCAAGUGGGCUUGUAUAAAAAUGAAAGAAAAACAGUAUGAACAGAGCAUUUGUCUUGGAUUCAUGAAGCUUAUGAGGUACAUUUGUGAGCAGAAUUCCUCAGGGCUGUACCUGGGGAUAACAAUACCCAUUGUGACCAUAGUACACACGAAUGAAUCUCAGUCGGAGAUGAUGCAGUCGGUGACGGUAGCGUACUACCUGCCCGAAGUGCUGCAGGACCAGCCACCUCAUCCCUUUGACUCUGACAUAAUCAUUGAAGAAUGGCCGUCUACUAUUGUUUAUAGUAGGAGCUUCAGAGGAAUCACCAAUGAAGACUCUAUAAUGAGAGAAAUAAACCUGUUGGCGGAAAUUCUGGAGAGCCCAGAGUUAUGUUUGCAGGAUACGUUCAUCAUUGCAGGAUAUACAAACCCAGCUGCUGCUAAUCGACACAAUGAGAUCUGGUUCCUCCAGAGACCAUAGCCGCCCGUUUCUGAUGCUUGUCUGUUACAAGAAUCAGCUCUGAUUUACUGGCAGAAUUUUACAUGUGAAUUGUGUGAGAUUAGAUGUCAAACCCUCAAGAAAAUACAAAAAUGUGGCUUUUAGCCAGCUUAGCAAGGCAAUCACUCCAACUUAAUAAGCAAACAGAGCUAACAUGUGAAACCAGUUCUAAAUAAUUCUUGUGGAGAUUUUAGCACUAUAAAAAUGAGAAAAAUUACUUCA